AUGAUUGACGGGUCGCAGGACUGGCAGGCGCCCUUCGCGGAUAUGGAGCUGGCGAACGCGGCUUCGGGCGCGACGGCGGACGAAAGGAAGGAAGAAAAGAAGAAAUUUGUGAAAUCACGUGCCGAGCACCUCGAUCGUCUAGGUGAUAAGAUCGAGGAGCUCAGGAGCUACGUUGACAAGACGAGAGGUGUCCAGACCAAGAUCAGAGAUCUUGUCCGACAAAUUGAGGUAACGUACGAAAGCGUAUGUGUAGCGCAGGACUAUGUGCUCAAUUGCGGUAGAGAUGGUGUGCUGGAAAAGGCUACCCAGACCUCUAUGCGCACUCCCGCAGCCAAGAAUCGAGCGAAGGAAACGACUGCAAGUACCAGCAAGAAUGCUGUGACGAAAGGCAAACAGGGCGUCCUUCAAAGUAACAGUGCGGCCGUCAAACGAAACGGUAUAGAAACGCCUCUGAAGGGGCAACGGGUGGCCGAGGAACGGUGGACGAAGGUGGUAGGUAAGAAUACCAAAAAGGCUGAGAAUUUUUGCGGGCGACGGCGGCUUGGUCGCGCAAGACCGACUGCUGUCCUCGUUAAAGCAGCUAAUAAUUCCUCGUAUGCGGACAUACUGAGGAAUGUGAAGAGUGACCCCAACCUGAAAGAAUUCAGCGCCGGCGUCACUAGGAUCCGACGGAACGCUGGAGGAGCCCUGCUUUUUGAGCUAUCGAAGGAGGCCAAAAAUAUAAAGGACAUGGUCGAGGCAGUCGCUAGCCGCGUCGGCAAUGAAGUUGAAGUCUGCGCAAAGACCCAGCGUGCGACGCUGGUGGUGAGCGACAUGGAUGAAGUCACUACCAAGGAAGAGCUACGGAGUGCCCUCGCGUGUGCACUAAGCGACCCCGAGGACGGUGACAUUGUGGUUCGGUCGUUAAGACCUGCGUAUGGUAACACCCAAAGGGCUACUAUCAAUUUAGCUCAUAAGGAUGCGGCAAAGCUGCUGUCAAUCGGCCGUGUGCGAGUAGGCUGGGUCAACUGCCGAGUGCGCUGUAUUGAUGCAGUAAAUCGAUGUUUCAGGUGCUGGCUCCCCGAUCACGUCGCUGCACAGUGCAAGGGGAAGGACAGGCGAGACCUAUGCAUCCGAUGUGGCAAACCAGGGCAUAUUGCGGCUAUCUGCAAAAACCCGCCGAGGUGUGUGCUUUGCCAAGAGCGAGGCUUUGACAAGGUGGACCAUGCUGCUAACGCACAGGACAUGCUGCAGUAUAUCGCCCAGGACAGGGAGGUCGAUGUAGUCAUCGUCUCCGAGCAGUAUAGAGAUCGCGACCGUGGCUGCUGGGUUUCGGAUGCGAAAAGCCUCGCGGCUGUUUGGGCCGCUGGGGACAAGAGGAUUGAGGCUCGCUCCAACCCUCGUACCGAGAUGCUGUCGUGGGCUAAAGUGGAGGGGCUGUACAUUUUCAGCGUCUACGCACCGCCUAGACUAAGCAACGAGCAGUUCGAAGCACUGCUUUAUCGACUCGAGCGUGAGACGGCCGGUAAAAGACCAGCUGUUAUAGCUGGCGACUUCAACGCCUGGUCCACUGUGUGGGGAAGCAGGCGCAACACUGCAAGAGGAAAUAUGCUGCUUGAAUGCAUGGCCUCUUUGGACAUGUGCCUCCUGAACACUGGCACUAAGCCAACACUGGUCAGAGGAGACAAAACGUCCAUUAUUGACCUAACAUUCGCCAGUAGCGAAGUAGCGGCCAGAGUAAUCGAGUGGAAAGUGCUGGACGACCACACUGAGAGCGACCACAGAGCUAUACUUCUGACGCUCCUGGAUGAAAAAAGGAAAAAAGCACCGGCCCCGCCGCGGAAAUGGAGCACAAAGUCUUUCGACCAGGAGACUUUUAAGGUGGCUAUUGCCGAUGACCGAAGCAUUGCCGGCUCCGCAGCCGAGAAGGCUAAAAAACUAAUGGGCCUCGUGACAUACGCAUGUGAUGCAUCAAUGUCUAGAUCUACGCCUAGGAAAGCUCGACCUCCAGUGUACUGGUGGAAUGACGACAUUGCUCGUCUGCGAGAGGGCUGUAUUAGUGCACGCAGAACUGCUCAGAGAGCGCGAAUUGACAGAGCACACUACCACGAGUGUUACAAAGAGGCAAGAGCGGAGCUGCGAAGAGCGAUCAAGAACAGUAAGCGGCAAUGCUGGAAGGACCUUGUCCAGUCAGUUGACGACUGCCCAUGGGGACGACCAUACAAAAUCGUUAUGGACAAGCUGCGAAACCAGGCCACGCCGUCACCCACGGACCUGCCCCUGGGACUAGAGUACGAGAGGAUGAGGACCAGAAACCAGUAUCUACCGCCAGCGAGCAACCACCAGGAAAUCACCGUAGCGAUUCUCUUCUCGGUGGUGAGCUAA